UGGAGGACGUUCAGAUUCCCAGGUUGAUACAGAGCUCCCUCCCACCGCUGGGACAUGUAUAUAAGCUCAGACCUCCGAAGCCCACGGCCAGUUCUCUUCGUGGACUGAGAGCAACGGAGGGACUGAAAAGAUGAUUCCUUUCCUACCCAUCGUUUCCCUACUCUUGCUGUUUGUGGUUAACCCUGCGGAUGCCAAUGGUCAUUAUGACAAAAUCUUGGCUCAUAGUCGGAUCAGGGGCCGGGAUCAGGGCCCAAAUGUCUGUGCCCUUCAGCAGAUUUUAGGCACCAAAAAGAAGUACUUCAGCACUUGUAAGAACUGGUAUCAAGGUGCCAUCUGUGGAAAGAAAGCGACUGUGGUGUAUGAAUGCUGCCCUGGCUACAUGAGAAUGGAAGGGAUGAAAGGCUGCCCAGCAGUUAUGCCUAUUGACCAUGUUUAUGGUACUCUGGGCAUUGUGGGAGCGACCAAAACACAGUACUAUUCUGAUCUCUCCAAACUGAGGGAAGAGAUAGAAGGAAAGGGGUCAUUCACCUACUUUGCACCCAGUAAUGAAGCGUGGGACAACUUGGAUUCGGAUAUCCGUCGAGGUUUGGAGAGCAAUGUGAAUGUCGAACUGUUGAAUGCUUUACACAGCCACAUGGUCAAUAAGAGGAUGCUGACCAAGGACUUAAAAAAUGGCAUGGUGGUUCCUUCUAUGUACAAUAAUUUGGGCCUUUUCAUUAAUCAUUAUCCUAAUGGGGUUGUCACCGUCAACUGUGCUCGAAUCAUCCACGGGAACCAGAUCGCAACAAACGGUGUUGUACAUGUCAUUGACCGUGUCCUUACACAAAUUGGCACCUCCAUUCAAGACUUCAUUGAAGCCGAGGAUGACCUCUCAUCCUUUAGAGCAGCCGCUAUCACAUCUGAUAUCUUGGAGGCCCUUGGAAGAGACGGUCAUUUUACCCUCUUUGCGCCCACCAAUGAGGCUUUUGAGAAACUCCCACGGGGUGUCCUAGAAAGGAUCAUGGGUGACAAAGUGGCAUCUGAAGCUUUGAUGAAGUAUCACAUCUUAAACACGCUCCAGUGUUCGGAGGCCAUUAUGGGUGGAGCUGUCUUUGAGACCCUGGAAGGAAACACCAUUGAAAUUGGAUGUGAUGGUGACAGCAUAACAGUCAAUGGAAUCAAAAUGGUGAACAAAAAAGACAUUGUGACAAAUAAUGGUGUCAUCCAUUUGAUUGAUGAGGUCCUGAUCCCUGAUUCUGCCAAGCAAGUCAUUGAGCUGGCUGGAAAUCAGCAAACCACGUUCACAGAUCUGGUGGCCCAAUUAGGCUUGGCAUCUUCUCUAAGGCCGGAAGGACAAUAUACUUUGCUGGCACCUGUGAAUAAUGCAUUUUCUGAUGAGACUCUGAGAAUGGAUCAGCGCCUUCUUAAAUUAAUUUUGCAGAAUCACAUAUUGAAGGUGAAAGUUGACCUGAAUGAACUUUACAAUGGACAAACCCUUGAGACCAUUGGAGGCAAACAGCUCCGAGUCUUCGUGUAUCGUACAGCUGUCUGCAUUGAAAAUUCCUGCAUGGUGAGAGGAAGCAAGCAAGGAAGAAAUGGUGCUAUUCACAUAUUCCGAGAGAUCAUCAAGCCGGCGGAGAAAUCCCUGCACGAAAAACUGAAACAGGACAAGCGCUUUAGCAUCUUCCUCAGCCUACUUGAAGCUGCAGACAUGAAAGAUCUUCUGACACAACCAGGAGACUGGACGUUAUUUGUACCAACCAAUGAUGCCUUUAAGGGAAUGACUAAUGAAGAAAAGGAAAUUCUGAUCCGGGAUAAAAAUGCUCUUCAGAACAUCAUUCUUUACCACUUGACUCCAGGCAUUUUCAUUGGAAAGGGAUUUGAACCUGGUGUUACUAACAUCCUAAAGACGACACAAGGAAGCAAAAUUUUUGUGAAAGGAGUUAAUGAUACACUUCUGGUGAAUGAAUUGAAAUCAAAAGAAUCUGACAUCAUGACAACAAAUGGUGUCAUUCAUGUUGUAGAUAAGCUCCUCUAUCCAGCAGACACACCAGUUGGAAAUGAUCAGCUGCUAUCAAUACUUAAUAAACUGAUCAAAUAUAUCCAAAUUAAGUUUGUCCGGGGGAGUUCCUUCAAAGAGAUCCCCAUGACUGUCUACACAACUAAAAUUAUUACCAAAAUUGUGGAGCCAAAAUUUAAAGUGAUUGAAGGCAGUCUUCAACCUAUUAUCAAAAUGGAAGGACCUACAAUAACAAAGGUCAGACUCGAAGGUGACCCUGAAUUCAGAGUGGUUAAAGAAGGUGAAACAAUAACUGAAGUGAUUCGUGAAGAACCAAUUAUUAAAAGGUACACCAAGAUGAUUGAAGGGAGGCCUGUAGAAAUAACUGAAAAAGAGACCCGGGAAGAAAGAAUCAUCAAAGGUCCUGAAAUCAAAUACACGAGAAUUUCUGCUGGGGGAGGAGACACAGAAGAAACACUGCAGAGACUGCUGCAAGAAGAGGUCACCAAGGUCACCAAAUUCAUUGAAGGUGGUGAUGGUCAUUUAUUUGAAGAUGAAGAAAUUAAGAGACUACUUCAGGGAGACACACCAGUGAGGAAGGUGCCAGCUAACAAGAGAGUUCAAGGACCAAGAAGACGAUCCAGGGAAGGUCGCCGUUCUCAGUGAAAAUCCAGAAGCCAGAUACCAAAGUUGAUAAAACCCUAAGUCAAUAAGCUCACCUUGAGAAAUUAGGAGAACCACUCUGACUUCAAAAACGUCAGAAUCUUUCACACAUAAAAAGCCAUUUUGCAUGCAAAUGUAAUCUUCUUUUAGUGCGCCAGAACCAUAGAAGAAAUUGUGGGGUUCGCCUUCUGUUGGUUCAGAACUGAGAGAAACAUAGCACCUUACAAAUUCCUGUGUCUUGGCAUUGCCAUUUCUAACUACCUUUAGGUGCUGUCGGUGACAACCCUUGUCACGAAUUCGUUAUAAUUCAAGUCUCGGUGUAAUAAGCUGUUAUAGCCUUGAAAAUAUUAAACCAUGAAUUAAGUAUAAAAUACAUUAAAAUGCAUGCAAUUACCUCACCAUGAGAAUCUAAAUUAUAAAAAGAGGUGCUCAGUACUUAAAAAAGCAAAACACAAAUUUAGCAUCAAAAGGCUUGGAACAGUUCUAAUACAAUGUGGGAUUACCAGUAAAUUAUGUUAUUUUUACAAUUAAUUUUGUACUCUUAAAAUGUCUUUUUAUAUACUUCUUCUAAUAUACAUUUUAUCUCCAACACCUCAAUCAAACAAUUUUGGAGGGUGUAAAGAGAAUUACUUCACGUUCAGUGAUUCAGAAAACUCAAUGCUUAAGUUAAUAAGUGGUUUGAAUGUGGGAAGAAGAUUUUAUACCUCUGUUUUUGUAACAAAUAUUCAUUAAAGGAAAUUGAAUAAA